UUUCGUCAUAUCUUUCAGCAAACAUACCAAGAUGGACAUCACCAAAUACGCAGCCAGGCCGGAGAGCUACGACAAUCUAUCAGAGUUCCAAAUUACUAACUUCUUUGCUAACGCUUCCAUCACGAGAGCUCAAUGCGACGACUUUGCUGCCCAACUUCUCGAUGGUUCUGUUUCUGCUACACCAGUUCAAGGAGGGAAUAACUAUACUGUCGAAAGUAAGGAGGUAUUAAAGGUAGUACAGUUUCGGUCCUCGCAAGUUGAUAUGGCAAAACUUGAGCUUGCUUAGCAAGUGUACGCCAACUUCGUGCCUCAAGGUAUAUACCAGUAGAUUCAUGUGCGACACUCACCUAAAUAAGAUGUGAUGAAACAUAAGCAUAAGCUUUAGUACGCUUUAUAUAGAUCAAGUAUCUUUCUUCUGGUAAUGGAAUCAUUUUGCGACACAGUCAUC